UAGCGCGGACGGUGGAGAGGGAGCAACCAGGAAGUGAGUGGAGCUGCUGCUGCUGCUGCUUAUCCGCCGCAGAGGCUCCCCCUCCAACAUGGCUGACUUCCUGCAGAAUGUCAUGGAUCAUGCUGUUGCUGUUGCGCGGAAAGCUGGAGAGGUUGUGUGCAGUGCUCUGAGUGAUGAGAGGAAGAUAAUGACCAAGAGUUCAGCAGUUGACCUGGUAACACAGACUGACCAGAGGGUUGAGCAGCUUAUCAUUCAAUCUGUGAAGGAAAAAUUCCCAUCGCACAGGUUCAUAGGGGAGGAGUCAGUGGCUGCAGGGGAGUCUUGUAUCCUGACUGACGAGCCCACCUGGAUCAUUGACCCCAUUGAUGGAACGACCAACUUCGUUCACACGUUUCCGUUCGUCGCAGUUUCUAUCGGAUUCUCAGUCAACAAACGGGUGGAGGUGGGUGUGGUCUACAGCUGUCUGGAGGAUAAAAUGUUCACGGCCAGGCGGGGGAAGGGAGCGUUCUGUAACGGCGAGGCUCUGCAGGUUUCUGAGCAGACAGACAUUCACCAGGCAAUCAUUGCAACAGAGUUCGGAUCCAACAGAGACCUUAAAGCUGUGGACCACAUCUUCUUCAGUCUCAGAAACAUCCUGACCCUCCCAGUCCAUGGGGUGCGUGGGGCUGGCACUGCAGCUGUCAACAUGUGUUUGGUGGCAUUGGGCUGCGUGGAGGCAUAUUAUGAGAUAGGGAUCCACGUGUGGGAUAUCGCCGCAGGGUUGCUGAUCGUCUCUGAGGCUGGUGGAGUGCUGAUGGACGUGACUGGAGGAGACGUAGACCUGAUGUCCCGCAGGAUCGUUGCUGCCAACAACAAGACCAUUGCAGAGAAGGUCAUCGAACAGAUUGAUCCCUUCACCCCACCCAGAGACGAUGCGCCACCCCUGGACAAGUGACCAGAGACGGACCUCGAUGGAAUGGCCAGAGAUGAAGCUCUGCCUCUGCAGCAGUUUGUUUCAGUUGAUAUAAAGUUUUUCAUUAAAACCAUCACACAUCUG